UACUUGUAAGUUCUAACCCCUCAAACCUUCCAUAUUCAACAAUAAGUGGGGGUCACUUUCCUUCUGACACGUUUGACCAAGGACUGAGGACACUACCUGGACCAAAAUCAGAGACCGUAGACGCGUGCACGCAAGGGUUUUCAACAUUAUAACCCUUCCAGUUCAUCACGAUGGUUGUUCUAGCAGCAUCAAUAUGCACUAAAGGCGGGAAGGCGGUGCUUUCGCGCCAAUUCCACCCAAUGACGCGCACCCAUAUCGAAUCCCUACUCGCAUCCUUCCCAAAGCUUAUUCCGACAAACUCCCAACACACUUCCGUAGAAACAGCCCAAGUCCGCUACGUCUACCAGCCCUUAGAAGACCUUUACAUCCUCCUCAUCACUAAUAAAGCUUCCAACAUCCUUCAAGAUAUCGAUACCCUCCACCUCUUCGCACGCGUCGUGUCUGAUAUGUGUCGCACUGCAGACGAACGUGAAAUUCAGAAACAGAGCUUUGAGCUGCUUGGUGCUUUUGAUGAGAUCGUGAGUAUGGGUUACCGGGAACAAGUAAAUCUUAUACAGGUGAGGAGCAUAUUGGAGAUGGAGAGUCAUGAGGAGAAGAUUCAAGAUAUCAUCGCAAGGAACAAAGAAGCUGAAGCCAAAGAAGAGCUCAAGCGCCGUGCGCGCCAACUCGAACUCCAACGUCGUGAGCAGCAGAAGCGUGCUGCAGUAUCUGGCAGUGGAGGCAGCUCAUAUCUUGGUGGUGGCAUAUCUGGAUACUCUGCUGUUCCUCAGCGUUUCGAUGCUCCAGAGGUGCCUGCAGCACGUACUGCAUCACCUGCACCUGCGUCCAGCGCCCGCACCCCUCCAUUCAAGGGCAGUGGUAUGAAGCUCGGCAGCAAGAAGACUAGGCAAGCAGAGCUCAUAGAUGCUCUCGGCAGCGAACUAGUCUCCGAGGAGCUCUCAGCCCCACCCACGCCUCCUAUCCCCGAACCAUCCCCAGCGCCAACUAACACAAGGGGUAGCCUUCCCUCCAUCACAGCAGAAAGCGUGCAUAUCGUAAUCAAGGAACACAUCUCCGUCUCCCUCAUGCGCGAAGGGGGUGUUCAAUCGAUGGAGGUCAAGGGCGACAUGAAUUUACAAGUCUCUGACCCCGCUUUAGCGCACAUCAAGCUCGCAAUCCCGUCCCCUAUCACCGACUUUGGCUCAGACCUCCAAUUCAAGCAACACCCAAACGUCGCCAAGUUCGCUCCCGGCCAGAAACGCAUCGUCGCGCUCAAGGACCCCUCCCGUGCUUUCCCCGUUGGACAAGCACUCGCCGUACUUAAGUGGAGGUAUGCAGGACACGAUGAGUCCUUGGUACCCUUGUCUAUCAACUGCUGGCCCUCCCCCUCAAAUGACGGCACCUGCGAGGUCAACAUCGAAUACGAGCUCGAAAACGAAAACGUCACUCUGCAUGACGUCGUCAUCUCCAUCCCCCUCCCCACGGGCUCCUACCCCAGCAUCACCACCACGCAAUGCGACUACACCAUCAACCCCGCCACUCACUCGCUUGACUGGUCCAUCCCACUCGUCUCCACCAUAGCGCGCAGCGGCACGCUCGAAUUCACUGUCGGCGGUGACGACGCGAGCAUGUUCUUCCCUGUUCGCGUGUCAUUCGUGGGUCGGGGAAGUAUCGCUGGCAUUGGGGUAGAUGCUGUUUCGAGAGUAGAUGGUGGUGAGGAUCCGGCGUUCUCUGUGGAUGCUGUCGUCACUACGGAGAAUUAUCUUGUUAUUUGAGUGCUCUUUUGUGUUGUACAGGAAAAUACAUCAUAAUAUGACUUGGAUUCGCGAAGCAGGCUUUUGCUGUAUCAGAUAUUAU